CAACCAGCGUUCGCAGCACCACGCUUCACGGUAGCUGCCCCCGCUGCGCCUGUAUUCGCUGCUCCGCGUGUCACGGUGGCCGCACCAGCACCGGCUGUUGUCCAUCAUGCCCCUCCCGCUGUCGCUUACCGCACUGCUGCCCUUCACGCUCCAGUAGCAACCUUUGGAGCAGGCCUUGGCUUUGGUCACACCCUCGCUGCUCCAGCUUUUGCAGCCCCAGCGCCCGUGCACGUUAAACAGUUCGUGUCCGCUCCCGCACCAACGGUUGUUCAUCACGCUGCACCAGCGUUCGCAGCACCACGCUUCGCGGUAGCUGCCCCGGCUGCGCCUGUAUUUGCCGCUCCGCGUGUCACGGUGGCCGCACCAGCACCAGCUAUUGUCCAUCAUGCCGCUCCCGCCGUGGCUUACCGCACUGCUGCCCUUGCCGCUCCAGUAGCGACCUUUGGAGCGGGUCUAGGAUUCGGUCAUACUUUUGGCGCUCCAGCUUUUGCUGCAGCAGCGCCCGUGCACGUUAAACAGUUUGUGUCAGCUCCCGCACCAACGGUUGUUCACCACGCUGCUCCAGCGUUCGCAGCACCACGCUUUACGGUAGCUGGCCCUGCUGCGCCUGUAUUUGCCGCUCCGCGUUUCACGGUGGCGGCACCAGCACCGGCUGUUGUCCAUCAUGCCGCUCCCGCUGUCGCUUACCGCACUGCUGCACUUCAAGCUCCAGUGGCAACCUUUGGAGCGGGUCUUGGCUUUGGCCACACACUCGCUGCUCCAGCAUUUGCUGCCCCCGCACCCGUGCAUGUUAAACAGUUUGUGUCAGCUCCCGCACCAACGGUUGUUCACCACGCACAACCAGCGUUCGCAGCACCACGCUUCACGGUAGCUGCCCCAGCUGCGCCUGUAUUUGCCGCUCCGCGUUUCACGGUGGCCGCACCAGCACCGGCUGUUGUCCAUCAUGCCGCUCCCGCUGUCGCUUACCGCACUGCUGCACUUCAAGCUCCAGUGGCAACCUUUGGAGCGGGUCUUGGCUUUGGCCACACACUCGCUGCUCCAGCAUUUGCUGCCCCCGCACCCGUGCAUGUUAAACAGUUUGUGUCAGCUCCCGCACCAACGGUUGUUCACCACGCACAACCAGCAUUCGCAGCACCACGCUUCACGGUAGCUGCCCCAGCUGCGCCUGUAUUUUCCACUCCGCGUUUCACAGUGGCCGCACCAGCACCGGCUGUUGUCCAUCAUGCCGCUCCCGCCGUCGCUUACCGCACUGCUGCCCUUGCCGCUCCAGUAGCGACCUUUGGAGCGGGUCUAGGAUUCGGUCAUACUUUUGGUGCUCCAGCUUUUGCUGCCCCUGCGCCCGUGCAUGUUAAACAGUUUGUGUCCGCUCCCGCUCCAACGGUUGUUCACCACGCCGCUCCCGCGUUCGCCGCACCACGAUUCACGGUAGCUGCCCCCGCGGCGCCUGUAUUCGCCGCUCCGCGUGUUACGGUGGCCGCCCCAGCACAGGCUGUUGUCCAUCAUGCCGCUCCCGCUGUCGCUUACCGCACUGCUGCCCUUCACGCUCCAGUGGCGACCUUUGGAGCUGGUCUUGGCUUCGGCCAUACACUCGCUGCUCCAGCAUUUGCUGCCCCCGCGCCCGUGCAUGUUAAACAGUUUGUGUCCGCUCCCGCACCAACGGUUGUUCACCACGCCGGCUCCAGCGUUCGCCGCACCACGCUUCGCGGUAGCUGCCCCCGCUGCGCCUUGGCGACCUUUGGAGCUGGUCUUGGCUUCGGCCACACACUCGCUGCUCCAGCAUUUGCUGCCCCCGCGCCCGUGCAUGUUAAACAGUUUGUGUCCGCUCCCGCACCAACGGUUGUUCACCACGCCGCUCCAGCGUUCGCCGCACCACGCUUCACGGUAGCUGCCCCAGCUGCGCCUGUAUUCGCUGCUCCGCGUUUUACGGUGGCCGCACCAGCACCAGCUGUUGUCCAUCACGCCGCUCCCGCCGUCGCUUACCGCACCGCCGCCCUCGCAGCUCCAGUGGCGACCUUUGGAGCGGGUCUUGGUUUUGGCCACACGCUCGCUGCUCCAGCAUUUGCUGCCCCUGCGCCCGUGCAUGUUAAACAGUUUGUGUCCGCUCCCGCACCAACGGUUGUGCACCACGCACAACCAGCGUUCGCAGCGCAACGCUUCGCGGUAGCUGCCCCGGCUGCGCCUGUAUUUGCCACUCCACGUGUCACGUUAGCCGCACCAGCACCAACUGUUGUCCAUCACGCCGCUCCCGCCGUCGCUUACCGCACCGCCGCCCUCGCCGCUCCUUUAGCGACCUUCGGAGCAGGUCUGGGAUUCGGUCAUACUUUUGGCGCUCCAGCGUUUGCUGCACCAGCGCCCGUGCACGUUAAACAGUUUGUGUCAGCUGCCGCACCGGCCGUAGUCCAUCACGCUGCUCCACAGUUCAGCUGUUGCCGCUCCCGCGCCUUUGCACGUUAAA